CUAGCAGAUCAGCACAUAUGAACUCGAAUUUGCGCUACUCACAGCUUGAACCCUCGCCCGACAACCUCAGCCUCUUUGAUGGCCACGAGGGCCUUUUUGACCUCCACGUCCCAGUUGCGCAACUGUUCGACCAGCGACUUGGCCGCUGCAGCUCCCUCUCUCGCCACAGCUCGUCCGAGCUUGCUUGAAGCUGCAUUUAUAAACUUCUCCUUCGUAGCAAGCGCAUAAAUGCUAUUGCCAACAGCUUCCGCAGACUUGUGGCUGAGCCAGUAUCUCAGCGACUCUUCCUCCGGCGUGCGAUCAUGCAAUUGGAACCCGAUGACGAUGAUCCAGGCUGUCAUGACGAGGAGCAAGACUGUGCGGAACCACAUCGAUGGGCUGUCUGCGGCAAAGGCGAGCGGAAAGAAGGUGAUGAUGAGCGCAUUGCGCAGCUCGCGCCCACGGCGACUGAGCGGCGGCAAGGUCGUUCCAGCCCCGGCAUGUCUCGCCUCGAGUGCCUCGAGCUCGAGUGUAGAGCUGUUCACGUGCUUGCGCAGAUCAUUCCAGUGCUCCCACUCGCUUCCGCCAGAGGGUGCCGCAGGCUGCGCAUUAUUUGUAAGCGAGGACGGACGCUGUGAAUGUUCGGCGGAGCUGUGCUUGCUGGACACCCCAUCGCCAUCGCCACUGACGCUGCUGCUAUCCGCUGCUGUCCCCACUGCGCUGGGCGGCGCUUCGUCGUAGAACGAGAUGCUGAGCGACGGCGUGAGCAAGAACGACGUGCAAAUGAGAUACUUGAACUUUUCGGCAAAAGCAUUGGACAUCGAUUUGGAGGCCCAGGGAGCCUUGUUGUCCAGCACAGCUGUUGCGAGAGAUGCAGCCGUCUUCGUGUCUGCGUCAGUGUCAUUUUCACCC